CGUAGCUUUACGAACACACUAAAGAAUGUGGUAAUUCUUCAAAAUGGUCGCUUUGUAUGGUUUGCCAACUUGCAUGUCUGUGUUUUAGAGUCCUUUGUUUUCGUAAAUCAUUAGAUAUAUCGCAAUAUUUCUACGAAAACACGUCCCGGUAUCUGUUAUUUUGUGUAUGCACGAGCGUUGACUUUGUAAUACUAAAUUGUGUUGUGGAAGAACGAUGUCAUCGGUAAUGUGAGAGCACUCGACUAUCAUUUUUAUUUUACGAGAUUAUGACGUCUGAGAUUCUCAUUUGGAUUUGCGGAGAGUAAAGGAAUAUCAAUGGUCCAGUUGUGAAAUUUUGAUAAAAUUUGAACCAUACAAAGUUUUAGAAGCAAUAAUAGGACAUCAAAGUGAGUGAAUUUCAUUUUAUUGGUGACAAAACAUUUUGAAGAAGAAUACACAAUCAAAACACAAAUGCGAGUUGUAACAGCUGAUAAGUGCAGCUGGCGGGGUGUGCUUAUGUGAUGGGAGGGGUGGGAUGAAAGCUUGGCGCUCGGGCGCUGCGCCAUGAACCCGCCGGCGCCCGGCAAGACGGCCACGCGCUCCUCCGGGUAUCACCAGAAGGCGCUCGCCGAAAUACGUAACUCCUUGCUCCCAUUUGCUAAUAUUGGAAACUCUGAACCACCUGGUUCCUCGGCAGCGAGUACAGUGAGCUCCGGAGUCAGCUCCGGCUUUAGUUCAUCAUCUGGUAAUGGGCUGGAAAAGGAUCUGAAUGUGCUGCCGCAAUCCCUAAAUCAAUUAAUUGCUCUUGGAUAUGAAGAGGAUCCUGCUGUCAAGGCUCUUAAAUAUGCGGGAGGCCGUUUUGACGCAGCUCUCGACUAUUUGUCUAAACAACAGGAACCUCUCAAUGGUGUGCUAAAGUCCAGUAACUUUAGUACUAAGUUAAUAAGGAAGCCAAGUUUAGAGAGGGAGCUUAAUCUCCAUAGGGGAAGUCCCGCGCUCGAUUCUGGCGCCGGAAGCUCGAGGUCGGACAGUCCUCGGCAGUCGGACGCGCCGCCGCUGCCACACGAGAAGUUGAGUAGACAAUACUCUCCGUCUGGUUUCUCCGAGCCUCCGCCGCCGCCGCCGCCGAGAUGUCCCUCCACGCCGCCCGUGCCGCCUUCCGUGCCACCUUCCGUGCAGCAGCUCAUGAAGCGGAUGUCGCCCGCACCGCCCCUGCCGCCCGCCAGAGGCACCAGCCCCGUCGCUUCGGGAGCGCCCACGCCGCCGGCGCGACAACCUAUGAUAGUUCAGAAUGGACCUCAAGUACAACAGCAACUAAGUCAACAAAUACAAGCGCUAAGCAUAUACCAGCCCGGCUCGACCGGCGCGGAACUCCCACCUCCUUACCCCCUGUCCGGCGUACCUCCGCCUCCGUCCUACUCGGUCUCCAUGCAGAACCGACAGAGCCCCACUCAGUCGCAAGACUACAGGAAAAGUCCCUCGUCGGGGAUCUACUCCGGAGGCACUUCCGCGGGGUCACCCAGCCCAAUUACCGUCACGCAAUCGACGGGCUCGUCGUCCGGCAUGACUCGCCCUACGCCGAUUCAGCCGUGGACGGCGAGACAGGCGGUCCAGCCUCCGAUCAUAAUGCAAUCUGUAAAAAGUACUCAAGUCCAAAAACCAAUCCUGCAAACUGCCAUUGCACCUGUAGCCCCACCGCCGGUCGCCAGCUCCGUCGUCCAGCCCCCGCCGCCGUCUUAUGCUAGCUCGAUCCAACAGAAGCAGCAAGCGCAGACGCCGCCGAGCUAUCCGCUGGCGCCCAAACCAUCGUCGCCAGGUACGACCCCGCCCGUCAUACCGACGGCAACCACACCCACCGUCCCCACCACUGAACCUCCGAGUUAUGCUAUCACCAUGCAGGCCUUGGCCGUCCAAAGAGGUAUGCACCCCAUCCCUCCGCCGCCAUACGGUAACCAGAAUGACAACACGACGACGGUCAACUCGCACCAUUCUCCUCUACAUAAAAAAUAUCCGAACAACUGCGAUAUGAAAGGUGAAACUUCCCAGGUCCCCAUGGAAAUCAAGUGUUUCAACCAAAAUUGUAAUUUAUUAAAAGAAAGCACCCCAUCCAGCUCCGACAAGUGCUCGGGUGAUAAGGUCAGACAUCAGUCGCCUAUACCCGAACGCAAGCAUAUCAGCAAAGAAAAGGAGGACGAAAGAAGGGAUUGUAAAGUGAGAAAUUAUUCACCUCAAGCUUUCAAAUUCUUCAUGGAGCAGCACGUCGAAAAUAUUCUCAAAUCGUACAAACAGAGGACAUACCGUCGGAUGCAGCUGGAAAAAGAGAUGACGAAGAUAGGGCUCAGUGCGGAGGCUCAAUGUCAGAUGCGAAAGAUGCUCUCCCAGAAGGAAUCCAACUACAUAAGGUUGAAGAGGGCUAAGAUGGACAAGUCUAUGUUCACAAAGAUAAAGCCGAUAGGCGUGGGCGCGUUCGGGGAGGUGACGCUCGUAAGGAAGAUUGAUACUAGUCAUCUAUAUGCCAUGAAAACUCUGCGUAAAGCGGAUGUGCUCAAGCGCAACCAAGUCGCGCAUGUUAAAGCCGAGAGGGACAUUCUUGCAGAGGCAGAUAACGAGUGGGUCGUCAAAUUGUACUACAGUUUUCAGGACAAGGACAAUCUAUAUUUCGUCAUGGACUACAUCCCUGGAGGUGAUCUAAUGUCCUUGUUGAUAAAAUUGGGGAUAUUUGAAGAGAACCUGGCGAGGUUUUACAUCGCAGAGUUGACUUGCGCAGUGGAGAGUGUUCAUAAAAUGGGCUUCAUCCACAGGGACAUCAAACCCGAUAAUAUUUUAAUAGAUCGAGACGGUCAUAUAAAGUUGACUGACUUCGGUCUAUGCACGGGCUUCAGAUGGACGCAUAAUUCAAAAUACUAUCAAAGAAAUGAUCACGGUCGGCAGGAUUCAAUGGAUCCAGUGGACGGUGAAUGGGGUGCAAUGGGGGAGUGCCGAUGUCACCAGCUUAAACCUCUGGAGAGGCGGCGCAAGCGCGAGCAUCAGCGCUGUCUCGCUCACUCACUGGUCGGCACACCAAACUACAUAGCCCCCGAAGUGCUCCAACGCACUGGGUACACGCAGCUCUGCGACUGGUGGUCAGUCGGCGUCAUACUCUACGAAAUGCUUGUCGGAUCGCCGCCUUUCCUCGCGUCUACACCCGCUGAGACGCAGUUAAAGGUAAUAAAUUGGGAGAGCACACUGCAUAUACCGGACGCGGCGAACCUGUCGCGAGAAAGUAAAGACCUCAUCCUGCAGCUGUGCUCUGGACAGGACACGAGACUCGGAAAGGACGCCAACGAGGUGAAGCACCAUCCCUUCCUCAAGAGCAUCGACUUUGAGAAGGGGUUGAGAAAGCAAGUGGCGCCCUACAUACCGAGAAUCGAGUACCCCACUGACACAUCAAACUUUGACCCCAUAGACCCCGACAAGCUUCGGAACUCUGGUAGUUCCGAUUCGAAUAAGUCGGACAGCGAGCUCCUAGAUAACGGCAAGACCUUCCAUGGUUUCUUCGAAUUCACCUUCCGAAGGUUCUUCGAUGACGGAUACACGAACAAGAUCAACUUGGACGACGAUAAUCAGGGCCCCGUGUAUGUGUGAGCCGAGCUGACAGUGCAACCAGAGACACUGAGACUAACUUGUAGGAUUUUUUUUUACAAAGUGUGUGCCUUUGACUCUCUAUAUUACACUAGGAAUUUUUUUUUUUAGUAAACAUAACGAAUGUAACGUAUUUAAUUUUUUUUUAAAUCUUAAAACCGUAUUGUUAAUAAUCCCGGUGAUAAUGUUGUAAUAUUGUAUCGUUAUGUAUUUUGUAAGAGUAAUCUUAUUUUUAUUGUAAUAUAUGUAACGUAUGGACACAGUUAGGACACAGCCUGGGUUACUAUGGUGCUUUUAGAGCGCGUCGUAUCGCGUUCCGUUCACUGUAUACUAUUUUUGUAACUAGAGAAAUUAUUUAUAAUAUAAGAAGCAAAUCAUGCAAAUUAGUGAAUUAAUUGUCACUAUAUUUUCUUAUGUAUUUAUCGAUUUAGAUCGCUUAUGUGUGUUUGUUUAUAUAAUUGUAAAACGUAACUUAUGAAAGUCAUUAACAGUUGUAUUUUUUUGGAAUUGCUGUAUGUGAUGUGAUUUCAAAGUGCUUCCAUGUAUCUGCGGGAUGUUAGCUCAUGAGUG